AGCAGUUUUUGGAGGGCCGUAGGGCACCUGAAGGAGGCUGCUAGGGUGUCGUCACCAUGUUCCUGUCUGUUGUUUCCUGUAAGUGGGGCUGCAGAACGCGGCGGCGGCGAGUUGCCAAGAGCAAGUCAAAGAACAUUCUGGUGAGAAUGGUAAGCCAAGCUGGGACAGGUUACUCCUUCAACGCUAAGAGAAGCCGACUAGGGGAGAAACUGACUCUACUGCAUUAUGAUCCAUUUGGACCUUCUGUGGUUCGUGUAGCUUUUAAGGCCUUGAUGCCCUGCUGUCUUUCCCACCUCUUACUGCCAUUGCUCUGCACCAGAGGCUCAAGGACCCUCCCUGCACUCCUGGGAACUCCACACUGCCUGACUCUGUGGACUUAAGUAUUUAUUCUUUGAAUUAAGGGAAUGAAUGCAGUGGGUUGAAAAUUUUCAUAAAUAAAGCCUCGCUUUACCUUUCCUCAUCAGUUCCUCCUGUUCACAGUCACACAGUCUCCUGACUGAUUAUGAGUAAGACAGGUUCCUUCUUUUAUCUGUCUUUUUAGCUCUGUGUAGAAAAACAUUGGGAAAUACUUUUUACAAUGAAUAAUAUUGUCUGAUAGGAAACUAUUUUGUUUUUUACUAUAAUUUUAUAAUGCUUUGUAGUCCUCUUUGGCCUUUGAAGGAAUAUCAGUCCUACU